AUUCACGCCACGGAGCAAAGUAUGGUCCAAAUAAUCGUAACCGUCCAUGGUCCAUCCCAAAUGGAACGACAAAGCUGCACCCAAUGUCGUCAACCCUGAUCGGGAUCCGCGACGAUACCGUCGACGGUCUAUACUCUCCGGCGAAGCAGAAGGCCGCCAAUCGAGGUAACUACACUAGCCGAUCGGCGCUCUUCCUCCGUCGAGCUCCCCAGCUUCUCGCCGCAGUCAAAUUCAAGCUGCUCCUCGCCUUUUCGCUGCUAUGCCUCGCGAUUUUCCUGUCCUCGAAGCUCAGCUCUUUCAUGGGCUGGAUCCCCGACCGGGCUUCCCUCGUAUCGUCCCCUUAUCGGGGAUCCUACACCGUGCUGAUCAACACCUGGAGGCGGAAUUCGCCGCUGAAGAGGACAGCCGCUCAUUACGCUUCUUGCGUCGGAGCGGACGCGAUCCAUGUCGUCUGGAGCGAGAUUGAACCGCCAUCGGAGAGGUUGAAAUCGGAUCUCGACAGAGCCGUGAAGUUGAAGUCGUGGAGACCUGAUAUCCGGGUCGAGAUUGAGGAGAACGGCGGCGGUGGGAGCGGCAGGUUUAAGCCGAUUGAUGAAGUUAGAACGGACGCGAUUUUCUCUGUGGACGAUGACGUGAUUGUGCCGUGUUCGUCUCUGGAAUUCGCUUUCUCGGUGUGGAAGACUGCUCCCCUGACCAUGGUUGGGUUUGUUCCACGCAUGCAUUGGCUUGAUUUAGAUCUUUUGAAGAGUGGUGGCGUCUUCCAUAGAUAUGGAGGAUGGCUGUCAGUUUGGUGGAUGGGAAGCUACAGUAUGGUUCUGUCCAAGGCUGCAUUCUUUCACAAGAAGUAUUUGGAUUUGUAUACCAAUGAAAUGCCUUCACCGUUGCAAGAUUACCUAGCUAGAGAGAGGCAAAAUUGUGAAGAUAUUGCAAUGUCUAUGGUUGUGGCCAAUGCUUCUGGUACUCCUCCACUUUGGGUCAAAGGAAAGAUACAGGAGAUCGGUUCGUGGGGUACAAGCAACGGGAAAGGGAAGGAGAAGAGGAACGAAUGCCUGAACGACUUGCUGUCGUUCUACGAAACGGUACCUCUCCUCUCCACAAACGUGAAAAUCGUGAACGCCAGACAGGAAUGGGUCUGGUAGACUAUGUUGCGUGUGGCUUUCGUUUUUGCGCCUUUCGUCCCCGCCUCGACCAAGACACAAAUUCAAAACGCGAACUCUCUGCUUGCCAUCACCUUCCAGUUAAAGCUUUCAAUGCCCCUCCCGUCCAUCUCCACAGAGCCGAUUGCUUGGUUCAGAAGACACGCGUGAUCUGCAAUUCCCAGACCCAAAAGCAGAAAAUGAUGUAUCCUGUAAUGUGUAUUAUUCCAGAUACGGACGCUUUUAGCAUGUGGAACAUGAUGCCAGGCAAAAAAGGAACCGCAGCUAGUUUCUAGAUAGAAUGCCAAGGAUGUAUACCGUAUACGUUUUCUGUAGUUUCCUUAUCAAUACAUUGGAUUAGACAUUUCUUCUUAGCUGGUAUCAACAGUACCAAGAUUAACACCACCCGUCUUCGUGGGGAAGCAUUAGCUGUACAACCGGCCAAACCAGCAUUCAAGAUCGCCUUGUUGUCUCU